ACAGGUUAUAGACGGAAUGAUUAAAAUGGACUGAAGUUACUACUACAUGUACUAAAACAUCGACAAGCUAGUUCUCAAUACAAUGGCGAGUAAUCCGAGAUUUCAGGCCAGUCUGAUUUCAAAAUUGUUUUUCUGGUGGCUGAACCCUAUCUUUGAGAAAGGAUUUAAAAACAAUUUAACAGAAGAUGAUUUGUAUGACAUAAGCAAUGAUGAAAGUUCAAAGUAUCUUGGAGACAAACUAGAAAGAAUAUGGUCGGAACAAGUAAAAAAUUGUAAACAAACGAAAGCAAAACCUAAGCUGUAUAAGUCAUUGAUUUCGACAUUCGGUAAAUCGUUCGUCUUGUAUGGAUUCUUGUUAUGUUUUGAGGAAGCUGUUGUCAUACUACAGCCUCUUCUUCUCAGCGGAUUGAUAAGAUACUUCACGAAAGAUGCACCCUUUGUUUCCGAAAUAGAAGGUUAUAUGUAUACAGGAGGUAUAGGAUUGUGUGCUCUCAUCUUGGCUUUCACACAUCAUAUAUAUUACCUAGGCGUUCAGACGAUCGGCGUCAAAAUGAAAAUAGCAUGCUCGUCCCUUAUUUACAGACAGACAUUACGAUUAAGCAUUGAUGGUCGCCGGGAAACUACCACAGGACAAAUAAUUGACCUUCUUUCCAAUGACGUUUCAAACUUUACACAGCUGAUGACAAUGCUACAUUUUCUUUGGAUCGGCCCUUUGGAGAUUAUUGUGGUUUUAAUAAUCUUAUGGAUUGAAAUCGGACCACCCGCUGUGGCAGGAUUCGUAGUAAUGUUUUUAAUGGUCCCCGUAGUACAUUUAAUGGGAGGCCUGAUUACAAAAUACGAGAAAUUCUCGGUGAAGCACAGAGACAAUCGUAUCAGUAGUAUUACUGAAAUCAUUAGGGCAAUAAAAGAGGUCAAACUAUAUUGCUGGGAAAAACUAUUCGGAGAUGAAUUGAGGGAGGAAAGAAGGCGUGAAGUUAAAGAACAAAAGAAAGUGCUUAUCGUACAUUUUGUUCAAGACAUCCUGACAUUUGUUUCCAAAUUCUUUUACAUUUUGCCUGUGAUAAUAUGGAUGAUGUAUACCUCUAUAGACCUUCGUGCUUCCAGUGUGUUUUUGGUUCUUAGAAUAUAUGAUCACGCUGGUCUCAUCGUUGGGAGAAGGAUGUUUCGUGCGUAUACUUUACUCGUUAAAACUAGGGAUGUCAAUUUACAAAGAAUACAGACAUUUCUGCUGCUUGACAAACGAAAAGAGAGAACAUAUACAGAUCCAGAAAAUAAAUCAUUUGUUGAUAUCGACAUUAAACGUGCACAUUGGGAGGACAACGAAAAUACUACUUUAAGGAAUAUAUCUGCAAAAGUUGAACAAGGAAAGGUGUUGACAAUUGUAGGUCCAGUCGGUUGUGGAAAGUCUUCAUUACUGAUGGCAAUACUAAAUGAACUCGAAUUAAAGGAAGGUAAAAUAGAUGUCCAUGGUCGGAUGGCAUAUGCAAGCCAACAUCCGUGGCUAUUCUCUGGAACUCUGAAACAGAAUAUUACAUUUGAAAAAACAGUUGACAAUGACAAAUACCAGAAAAUACUUCACGCAUGUGCUUUAGACGAGUUUAAGGAUUUCCAGAAGAUGGACGACAAAGAUGCAACAUUGAUAGGUGACCGUGGCGUUAACCUCAGCGGUGGCCAAAAGUCACGUGUCAAUCUUGCACGUGCACUUUAUUGCGAUGCCGACAUUUAUUUGCUUGAUGAUCCGCUUAGUGCUGUUGACUCUGAGACCGGACAACAUAUCUAUAAACAGUAAAUAUAAAAAACCGCUAAAUUUGUACGUC